UAUUUAUUUCUAGGUAUAAAUAAAUUCACCAUACCAGAUGGAGAAUUUAGAAAAUGAAAGGCGUAAAUCUCGAAGCCGUUCUUCGAAACGCUCAAGUAUUUUAAAGCGUGAACCACUACAAAUAUUGCAAGGUGAAGACCAGGAUGAAACUGGUGAACAAAGGCCCAAAAGAAGGAAGUCAACGAAAAGGGUCAGCUUUUCAGAAAUGAAAAGUAUUAAAUUGGUUCCACCUCGUCAUUUAAAUGAAGUGCCCGAGAAUACAAGCAAAGAUGACAUUCAACACGAUUCAGACUUUUUAAGUGGUGCAGGAAUGGCCGGGGAUGUGGCUGUAACUGACUUUUUUAGCCGUACUAUCAGCGAUACAAAGGAUAUGAAUCUAACUCAACAUUUGGAUUUUACGGUAGUUGGUGACGAAUCCAGCGAUACUGAUACUACUGAUAUCAGCACUUCAAUGAAAAAGCAAUUGGAGCAAGCAGUAAACAGUAGCUUACACAAUGCACUAGCUGCCCCAUCGCCUUUUUCUCUUCGAAAGCAACUGUGUCACGACAAAACUGUAAUUUUUCAAAAUGAUAUAGAUGGUGGUAUGGAUAUGUCUUUUGCUGAAAGGAGUGUUGAUGAUGAAGUGGACAAAACAUCUAGUUGCAAUUCAACACCUGAAAAUGUGACUGUCAGUGCAGUUUUAAAAAAGACGUCUGCUGCUUCUUUUUUAUCUUCACUGAGAGAUGGUGAGAAAGUGGACUCGGGAAAUGCAGAUAUAGGGCUGCAUGAGACUCAAGUAAACAAUGUUGAGUCUUUACCUUUUCUUGCUAAUAAAGAUGAAGUAAUAGCAGAAGAAAUAAAGGAGACCAAAUCAGUUAAAUCUGAUCACUUUCAAAGUUUCUCUGUCAGUAAAAAAAGCCCUUUAAGUUUUGAGAGAAUAAGAAGUAGUCAGGAAGGUGAAUUAACUGAAAAUGUUCCAAAUGUUCCUAACGCUUCAAGCAUUCAAGCUAGUAAAAUCCUUGAUGUUUCUAGCGACAGCCUCGAAUUAACUGGUUUUAUAAAUGCAACCAUAUAUACUGAUGGUAGAGUAACACCAACAAUCAAUAAUUUGUCUGGUCAUAGCGAUACACUCGCAAACAUUGAAGACCAAGUAGAUACACCAAGCUUUAUAGAAAAAAUGAAAGAUUUAAAUACAAGAGAUUCUGAAACUCCCAAAGUGAAUCCACCAUUACCUGGUGAAUGUGGUGUACUGUCACAAACCUUUUCGAAAGCACUUGAGAAAUUCAGUAUUACUUCUCCACAAUUAUCUGGUCUUCAAAAUGAACAUCAUGAAAACUCAUCUGGAUUUACUACUUACAGUGAAUAUGUUCAGGCACAUGGGUCUAUCCAGCCUAACCAAAAUAUCAAAGGCAGCAUGGGUUAUGAUGAUAAAAUGUUGCCAAAUGUAGAAGCAACAAAAGGCUUUAUUCAAAAUAGAAGUGCUUUUGAGGUUGUUGAAACCAACGAAAAUGAUUAUGUGGAAAGCUCUGAAUUUCUGAAUAUCGAAGGGAGUAAUGCGAGUUUAAACUACCAGAAAUCUGUGCAACAUAUCAAAGAUGCUAACUCUGUUGACGCUACAAUGCUGCCAAAUGCUGGAGUAACAAAAAGCUUUAUUAAAAAUAGAAGUACUUUUGUAGUUGGUGACUAUGAAAAUGAUCGUGUGAAUAACUCUGAUAUUAUGAAGAAUGAAAAAAGUAAUGCGAGUGUAAACCACCAGAAAUCUGUGCAACAUAUCAAAGACUCCGAGAUGAAUAUUGAAGAGAGUAAUGAAAGUGUAAAGCACCAAGAAUCUGUACAACAUAUCAAAGAUGGUGAGGCUGACGAGGAUACAAUGUUGUUCAAUGCUGGAGUAUCAAAAAGCUUUCAUCAAAAUAGAAAAACUUGUGAGGUUCUUAAAGUCAACAAAACUUUACCCUCUCUUAAAGUGGUUGGUCAAUAUGUAAGUGAUCCUGCAAAUAGCUUUGACACGGUAUAUGCUGAGGAGAGUAUUGUCAGUGACAAACAGAAGGAUAACCCAAUCAGGCCUAUCCAAUAUAGUGAUGUACAAGGUUUUAUUUAUAAUAAAAAUGCUUCCAAAACUGUCAAUGUUAACAAAACUUUGCCCUGUAUAAAUGUAUUUCGUCAAUGUGCGAAUGAUCAUGCAGAAAUAUCUAAAACUGCACACGUUGAAGAAAGCAGCAUUCCAGAAAAGGAAGUUAUUAGAUAUGGCGAGGUUACAAAAAGCUUCAUUCAAAAUCGAAGUGCUUUUGAGGUGGUUACUUCUAACAAUUACAAUGAAGCUCAAUUUCAAGAAAGCCAUGGUAACAUUUUUGCUUGUGUGGAAAACGUAAGGAAAGUUCAGAAUGGUAACAAAACAUUGCCACCAUUUCACUUUGGACAAAACACUACCAUUUCCCAUUUUCCAUUGUGUGUGCAACCAGAGGGGACACUUUCGGCUAUUAAGGAAAAUACAGACAUUGAGGAUGUUGUUACUCCUGAAAAAGUGGAAAACCCGCUUUUAUUAUUGCAAUCACCAAGUAAAUGCAAGGAUAAAACUUUUUUAGUCCCUGCUGCUCAAUCUAACAACGAGUUAUCCACAAAUGAUAAUAAUGAACAAGUUAGUGCAGGACCUGAUCCCUUCAACGGUGAUAAUCCCUCUAAUAAAACUAUAUCUCUCUCAAGGAAGGCGUAUGAAGUAGACGAGGUUAUGAAAAGUGUGGAUAUGGUUAAUGAAAAGAAGAACCGUAGAAGAACGUAUACCAUUUGCAAAGGUGAGCAACAAUACGAAGAGACAAUUCUGCAAGGAUGUAACAAUGAAAACAAAUGGUUAGAAGAAGGGGAGUUUUUGGAAAACACACUUUGCUUUAAAGCACCAAUAGCAAACAGUUCCCUGCUUGUAAAAAACAAAACAGAUUAUAAGCUACUGUCAGAUGAAGAAACAGACAUUACUGAAAAAACUCAACUUGUUUCAUGUAUGCCUAAUUCUGGAGGAGAAAUCCCAAUGGUAAUUGGGGAGAAUGAAACACACGUUGAACAAACACAGGAACAUCCACAAGAACAUCCACAAACACAAGAAGGUCCACUUUUGUUUACUAAAGAACAAAAGGAAUCCGCAGUGAUAAAUGAGGAUAAAAAUUUCUCCACAUUGGAGAAAGAUAUUGAUGGCAACGAUCCGUUGGUGGACAUUGCUUCUUCCACAUGCCCAGUGGAAGUUCAAACGCAAAACCAAAGCACUAGAGGCAAUCAAUCUAUGUUGGAAAUUCUGUCAAACAGCAUUAAAAAAUCAUUUGCAGAGCAAGAUGAUUCAUUGGAAAGAAUCAGGUCACCUUUCAAGAAAAAGACUUUGGAAGAACUACAGCAACAAAUUAAAGGUCCUGUUCAAAAAUGUGAAAGCAAGAGCAAAAGUAUGCAAUCAAGCAACUGCAAAGAAUCGUCAAAAAGAGAGGAGCUAUUGAAAACAACAAUAUUUUCUGAAGAAACUGCACAAGAAGUAGUUGAUUCAAAACUAAAUACACCAACACGUCCCAGACGUUCAAAACGAUUAUCAAAGACUCCUAUGAGGGAAUUACAAACUGAUGAAGCUCCAUUGUCUGCUAAAAUAUCAGCAGUAAAAUCUCCUAAGAAGAUAAGAAACGUAGAUUAUCAGGAUCAAGAUGAUAUGAGUGGCUUUAUCUCAAGACCAAAAAUACCUCAAGACGUUGUGUCAUCUGCUAAAAAAAUAGCAGUAAAAUCUCCUAAGAAGAUAAGUAACGUAGAUUAUCAGGACCAAGAUGAUAUGAGUGGCUUUAUCUCAAGACCAAAAAUACCUCAAGAAGUUCCAUUGUCUGCUAAAAAAUUAGCAGUAAAAUCUCCUAAGAAGAGAAGUAACGUAGGUUAUCAGGACCAAGAUGAUAUAAGUGGCUUUAUCUCAAGACCCAAAAUACCUCAAGAAGUUCCAUUGUCAGCCAAAAAAUUAACAGUAGUAUCUCCUAAGAAGACAAAUAACAUAGAUUAUCAGGACCAUGAUGAUAUUAGUGGCUUUAUCUCAAAACCAAAAAUACCUCGUGGCAGCCCUGAGGUUAACAAAAAAACCACAACUCCAAUGAACAAAUCUGGUAACCAAGGACAAUCAAGAAUUUUAUGUCAAAAUCCAACUAAGAAAUCUUUAUCACCCUCUAAGCUUGGUAAAAGUAUAUCAAAAAAGGUUUCUUCGGUAGAAGGACACUCUCCCAUCAGCCCUCCUGUCAAUUCUCCUGUAAAUAAAACCAAAAAUGACACCUAUGAUAUUGAUGAUACAGAUAAAGAAAUGCCACCACAAUCCUCUGAAGUUAAAGAAACACCAAAGAAACAUGUUUUGAUUAUUGAAAAUAACAUAAAAGAAACAUUGGAAAACAGCAGAUCAUUGCCAUCUUCAAACACGGAUCCCAAUAAUUCAAUUGGUAUGCCUGCACCUGCAUCAUCUGCAACAGAGUUAAAGGGAUUGAAGUAUUACGCUGAAAAUUCUGUGCCUGUUGGAUGGGUGAUAGAUAGUAUUACUAACAAUGAGUUACGUGUACAUUUUUGUGCAUACAAGUAUCACACAUUGCUGGUGAAAGUUGAAGGAGAGACAGUUAAAGAUGUCAUUGCAGAAAGAUUACUAAAAGAAAAAGACACAUGUACAGGUGAAAAGUACUAUCUUGAUAUGAUGGAGAGAGUGAUUAAUGUUGCACGUUUAAAAGAGAAAUACACAUCAGCAGUGGAAGUACCUGAGCUUCUUAAUGAUGUGUCUGAGGCUGUUUCACAAUGGAAGCCAAUAGCACAUGAUAUAUACAAAACCUUUUAUGCCUUGCUUGGUCAUGUACAGCUAGAAGAGAACAGAGUUACAAUAACUUUUGUUACCCGAAGAAACACAUUUUCAGUGUUCUAUUUACACGUGGAUUUUAAUUGUGAACAACAGAAACCUAAUGUAAAAGCUACGUUGGAGCAUGACAUGAUGUUCAACAUACUGGAUGACAUUAAAAAUAUUGUCAACGAAACACAUGUUGAGGAUAAGAAGCCACUACUUACGUGUUCCAAACGUAUUUAUGAGUAUACUGUAAAUGUGACGUCUGGAGAUAUUCUCAUUGAAUCAGAACCGAAAAGGGAAGAGGUUAGAGGAGACAAACGUGUUAUUGACCUGUAUACAUAAAAAAUACAUAGAAAAUUGGAGGAUUUCUUUAUAAACAUUUUAUGUAAUUUAUGCAUUAUGUGUAAAACUAUUAUAUAUUAUUUUUAUUUUAAUUAUCUGCUUGUUCCAGGUUAUACAAUUUUUGUUUGUGGUUAUGUUCUGAUAAACCUUGGAAUGCAAAUAAGAGUGCACCAAUUAGCCAUUAGCCUUUUAAUUAAAAAUAGGUUAGAUAAUGCUCACUACAAUAUUUUUUUGGCACAUAACAUGUAUUUAAUUUGUCUAAGUAAGUCCUCACCCACAUUUUGUUGCCCCUUACAAAUAUUAGCACCCUUUUUUGCUGUGUUAUACUUAUAACUGCUUUGCUUGAUAGGACUUCUGGUAUAAAAUAUUAUUGAAAGUAAAUAGUGCUUAUUUUAAAAUAACAUUAGGCCAAAGUAAAACCAAAUUUUUAAUAUUUUUUAAAUAUGCUGUUUUAGAUCAAAAUUUAAAUGAGCACGCAACACACCUUUUAAAGCAUAUUGCCUCAAUGAUUUCACAACAAUAUGUUUUUCACGUAAUCCAUGUUAAAGUCUUUUUUAUUGUUCCCUUAACUUUCCUUUAAGGCUAUACUUUCUAUGGUUAAUUUGUAAUGUUUUAUUUUUGUAAAUAUUUGUAUUUUUUGUGUGAUUGCUGAUUUCUCAUAGGUAGUAGUGAUUCUAAUACACAAAAAAGAAAUGGUUGAGCCUUUUUCAAUUUGUUUUGUUUAGCCUUCUCCAUAUGAACACUAUUUUGAAAACAAAAGACAACACUAUGUUCUGUUUGUUUGUCCAUCUUGUAAAUAACAAUGUACUGUUAUGAAAUAUAGUUUUUCUUCACUUUGAC